AUGAGUCCGUCAUCGACCUGGCUCCGACAGCUUCUCACAAAGCCAAUUCGAAACGGCGUGGUUGCUUUUGCUGCCUUCCUCAGCCUCAUUUUACUCCUUCAACUCUUCCGCAAUCCUGCUCUAAUUGGGAGUCGUUCAGGCGGUCAAAGGUGGAGGGCUGGAGUGACAGUAUCUGCAGCCAGACAGCGCUCACUGAACGAUGUCAGAAAUUCCACUCUUGGUUUCGAACGUAUUGUCGCAAUCAAUUUACGAGAAAGAACAGACCAUCGCGACGGUCUGGUAUUACAAACUGCGGUUUCCGACAUCAAGGUAGAUUUCAUCAAUGGUGUGUCGCGGUCAUCAAUUCAAUCAAAAGUGUUACCAACAGGUCAUCGACACGAUGAGGUACCUCCCUGGAUCGGCACCUGGCGAGCUCACAUGAAUGCAAUCUCCCAUGUGGUCGAGAAGAACUGGACUAGUGCGCUGAUACUAGAGGACGAUGUUGAUUGGGAUAUUCGACUCAAAUCGUUGUUACAAGACUUUGCAUUGUCGACAGAUGACCUCCUGCGUCAUCGUGACCAGGGGAGGCGAGCACUAUCUACGGUUGACACUAGUCAUGUGCCGAGUUCAUCACCGUUCGGGGACGGUUGGGAUGUCUUGUGGCUGGGACACUGUGGCAUGGAACUCCCAAUUGAUGAUCAAAAUUCAGUCAUCUUGCACUACGACGAUCUUAGCGUGCCCCAGGUGGAGUACCAGAAGUCAUACGACAUCAAAGCUGAAUCACCUCUCCGUUCUCUACCUUCUCACACCAGAGCAGUGGCCUAUGGUGCUCGCCAGGGUACCUGUUCCCUUGCAUAUGCCGUGUCUAGAACCGGCGCUCGCAGAAUUCUGAAUGAUCUUGGAUUGGAACGUCUCGAUGAUGCCUUCGACCUCUCUUUACGAGACUGGUGUGAGGGCAACAAUGGUCACCAGCGACAUACUUGUAUCAGCGUGUUGCCGCAACUCUUCGACCACUAUAGGCCUGCUGGGUCAAAUAUUGGCGAUAGCGAGAUCAAUCCUGAGGAUGAUCAACAUACGGACAGAGCCUAUACACGAAAUAUUCGUUGGAGCGUGAGGCUGAACAUUGACAAAUUACUUAGCGGCGACAAGGAUUUCGACGAUCAGUAUCCCGACGUUUGA